AAGAAGACACUCUUCAAAAAUGUCUCAAUCAUUAUAAUAAAGGUCCUAUUUAUUAUCGUCAAGAUUUUGCCUAUAAAGAUGAUAUUUUCGUGCAAUUUAAUGCACAAGUAGUUCAUUUUUCGGUAGCAUUUGUCUAUCCAGUAAAUGCAUUGGAUGUUCAGAGUACUAUUAAAUGUAGUGCAAAGUUAAAUUUUACUGUUAUUGCAAAAUCAGGUGGUCAUUCUCUUGAAGGUUAUAGUAUUGGAGAUAGAGAUUGUAUUUUAAUUGUUGAUCUUAGAUACAUGAAUAAGCUUAUCAUAGAUGUAGCAACACAAACUGCUAUAGUCAAAACAGGAAAUGUUCUGGAUACACUAUUUCAUAGUUUGAAUGAGCAUGUAUUUGCUUUUCCAACUGGUGAAUGUACUACAACUGGUGUUGGCAGUAUUAUUUUGGGUGGUAUAACAAAUAGAACAAUAGUUAAUCAUGCUAAAGAAUAUCCUGAUCUUUUUUGGGCUCUUCGGGGUGCUGAAAAUGCAGGCUAUAGUAUUGUUACUACUUUAACUCUUAAGAUUUAUCCUAUUCUGAAAAUCGUAACUAGUAUAAAUGUUACUUAUGAUUUUGAUCAGACUCAAUUAGUAUAUUCAGUGAUGAAUAAAUUGGAUAACAGUUUUCAUCCAAAUUUAACUUUAAUGUUCGAUCAUCAAAAUGGCUCUUUAAAUGAAAUAAAACCUCACAUACAAAAAUUUAUGAAAUUGACUAAACCUAAAAAGGAAUCAUAUGUUGAAUGGGAUUGGUAUCAUGCAAAUAUUGUAGAUACAGCUUGGAAGAUGUUUAAUCAUUAUAAAACUACGGUUUUCUUUAUUGACUCGCCAGGACUAUCUUAUGAAGAUAUUGAGUAUUUAAUGGAAUUUAUGAGAAAUUUCAAAUAUGUAUUUUUUGUAAGAACAAUGUUAAUUGGUGGUAGAAAAGUUAACGAAAUUGAACGAAAUGAGAUGGCAUUCGUUCACAGAAAUUCUAUAUAUAUGAUG